CCCAAUUAAGGAAAGUGGCCGAGAGCUAUAUCAAGGGGGGAGGAGAAUCCGAUUUUUCGAAAACUUGUCUUAACGCGUUAGAUUGUCGUACCAAGGAGGUAGUAGUGUACUGUGUAACCCUAGGACUCUUUGAUUGCUGAGUUUCUGACUCUUGGUGUUGAUUUCUGUGAUUUUUGCUUAAGGUUCGUUUGAGGAGAUUCCCAGAAAUCAAGGAGAAGAGUUUGGAGAACAUCUUGAGGAAGAAGCUGGAAGACCCACCGUGACGCCACCGAAAUCGGGGUGUUACAGUAGGUAUUUUAAUAAGGUGUUGAAUAGCGUUGUACGAGUGCAUGCAUCACUCCUUAGAGCACCGGAUCCUGUAUUAGAAGAUUGCUUAGAUGAAAGAUGGAAGUGGUUUAAGAACUGUCUUGGGGCACUAGAUGGAACACACAUUGAAGUUAAUGUUCCAGCAAUUGAUAAACCAAGAUAUCGUAAUAGAAAAGGAGAUAUAUCUACCAACGUCCUAGGUGUAUGUGCUAGAGAUAUGAGGUUUAUAUAUGUGUUACCCGGGUGGGAAGGAUCUGCAUCAGACUCAAGGAUAUUACGAGAUGCCAUUUCUAAGAGAAAUGGUUUAAAAGUUCCAACAGGUUACUAUUAUCUAGUGGAUGCUGGGUAUGCGAACUCUGAAGGAUUUCUUGCUCCAUAUAGAGGUUAUCGUUACCACCGCAGUGAGUGGAAACGUGGAUCCACUCCACAAUGUAAAGAAGAGCUCUUCAACAUGAGGCACUCCAUGGCUAGAAAUGUGAUAGAGAGAACCUUUGGAUUGUUAAAGAUGCGAUGGGCUAUACUUAGAAGUCGGUCUUUUUAUUCACUCAAAGUCCAAAACAGCAUAAUAAUUGCUUGUUGCCUCUUACACAAUUUCAUUAGAAGAGAAAUGUCUAUCGACCCAUUGGAAGCACAACUAGAUUUGGAAUUUGAAGCACAAUUACACAAUGAGGAUGUAGCACAUAAUGAUCCUAUUAGUACAAUUGAGACAACUGAGGAGUGGUCUGCCUGGAGAGAAAAUUUAGCUACACAGAUAUGGAAUGAAUGGGUUGCUACUAGAAAUAUGAAUUAGGACAUGUAUUUGUUUGUAUUUUUUGUCAUAAAUUUUUGAAUUUGAGUUACCUUGCUGGUCUAUGGUGUACCUUUGUCUAUUAUUUUUUUGGAAAUUUGGUUAUGUAUUUGGUUUGUGUACUUUGAUAAUGAACUAUGACAUCUAUUUAUGUGUUUGUAUUUAUUGCACUACAUUAUGAAAUUUGGGCCAUUGUGUUUGCAUAUGACA